AUGAAAGGUGAGAGGGGGAUGUCCCGGACACUACUGGAAUGCAGUCUCACUGACAAAUUGUGUGUUGUCCGGGAAGAGCAGUAUGAGAUUAUCAUUGUCCCAACCCUCCUGGUUGGUGUCUUUCUCAUCCUUCUUGGGAUUAUCCUGUGGCUAUUUAUCCGAGGACAAAGGGUCCAACAACAGACUUCUGGACUCCAAGGCAUUAGUCCCAUACCUUCAUCUAGGGGUAUUGGCUGGGAAGCAGCUGGUCUUGGGAACAAUGUGUUUGUGCAACUUGAGACAUCAGUGGAAAGUCUUCUACGAGCUACCACACCUGCCUUAGCUAAACUACAGGUGCCCCGGGAGCAGCUGUCUGAAGUUCUGGAGCAGAUCCACAAUGGUAGCUGUGGGGCCAUCUAUCGAGCCAAGAUGCACACCAGUGACCCUGCUAAAUCCAAGACUGUUGUACUCAAGGCUUUAAGAGAACCAGCUGGUCUCCAUGAGGUACAGGAUUUCUUAGGGCGAAUCCAAUUCUAUCAGUACCUGGGGAAUCACAAGAACCUGGUACAACUGGAAGGCUGCUGCACAGAAGAGCUACCCCUCUACAUGGUGUUGGAAGAUGUGACCCCGGGGGACCUGCUCAGCUUUCUCUGGACCUGCCGCAGGGAUGUGAUGACUAUGGAUGGCCUUCUGUAUGACCUCACAGAAAAACAAGUGUAUCACAUUGGGAAGCAAGUCCUUUUGGCUCUGGAAUUCCUUCAGGAUAAGCAUCUAUUCCAUGGGGAGGUAGCAGCCAGAAAUAUUCUGAUCCAGUGUGAUCUCACUGCCAAGCUCUGUGGACUGGGCUUAGCUUAUGAAAUCCAUGCCCAAGGGGCCAUCUCCUCUACUCGAACCAUAGCUCUCAAGUGGCUUUCCCCAGAGCGUCUUCUCCUGAGACCUGCUGGCAUUAAAGGAGAUAUCUGGUCUUUUGGGAUCCUCCUCUAUGAGAUGAUGACUUUAGGGGCCCCGCCAUAUCCUGAAGUUCCUCCUACCAGAAUUCUACAGUACCUCCAGAGAAGGAAAAUCAUGAAGAGACCCAGUAGCUGUACACAUAACAUGUAUAAUCUUAUGAAGUCCUGUUGGCGCUGGAGUGAGGACCACCGUCCUUCACCUAGAGAGCUACGCUUGCGCCUCGAAGCUGCUUUGCGAACUGCAGAUGACAAGACGGUGUUGCAAGUACCAGAGUUAGUAGUCCCUGAACUAUAUGCAGCUGUGGCUGGCAUCAGUGUAGACAGCCUCCCCUAUAGCUACACCAUCCUUUGA